CAAGUUAGACCACAAACACAGACAUCACAAUCAUCACAAGUGAUCCGUCCGCGACUGAGUGAGCCUGUGUUUGUCAAACUACUGAAAUUGUUAUGUUCUAAAAAGGUUCUAAAGUAUUUUCAAGAAAAAAUAGUUCGCUCGUUUGGGCGUCUGCACAUCGAACAAGAUGUUCAAGUUAAUUAUAUCCCUGGGCGUACUGGCGCUCGCCCGGGCCGCGCCUCAGGCAGCGGACGGUGACUUGGACGCGGUCAUCGCACAGAUCUUCGGCAAGCCGAGCUCCACCAUCGCGCCCGCUGUCGACAACAAGAACAACCUGGCGUCGACAAUUGUGCCACCUAUCAACACUAAUACGCAGACGGGCGUAAAAUCGCCGUGCAAAACCGAGGACGGGGCAGACGGCACCUGCGUCAACUACUACCUGUGCAACACCGACAACAACGUCAUCACGGACGGCGUCGGGCUCAUCGACAUCAGGGUAGGCGACGGCAAAUGUCCGUCAUAUUUGGACGUGUGUUGCAUCGCCCCAGACACCAGGGACCCUAUUGACCCUAUCACUCCACCCCCGGACAAAUUGCCUCAGCGCACAGGUUGCGGUUGGCGCAACCCCAACGGAGUAGGCAUGGCCACCACGGGAGACAAUGACAGUGAAGCCAAGUUCGGAGAGUUCCCAUGGAUGGUUGCCAUUCUUAAUACCGACUACAUUGACCCCAGGAUCGAGCCAGUCAACGACAAUGACCCUGAAGGUCAGAAGCUCAACGUGUACGUCGGAGGAGGUUCCCUGAUCGACCCCAGCGCGGUGCUCACAGCGGCUCACUACGUUGCGGAUAGGAAGCCCAUCAGGGUGCGAGCUGGGGAAUGGGACACGCAAACCACCAAGGAGCUGUACCCUUACCAGGACAGAGAUGUUUCCGCCAUUGAAAUUCACAAGGAUUUCAACAAGGGUAAUCUGUUCUACGACAUCGCGGUGCUGUUCCUGAGCAAGCCAAUGGACAUGGCACCCAACGUAGGAAUCGCAUGUCUGCCGCCACCACGCGAGCGUGUGCCCGGCGGCACGCAAUGCCUCGCCUCGGGCUGGGGCAAGGACAAGUUCGGCAAAGAGGGACACUACCAAGUCAUACUUAAGAAGAUCCAAGUACCAGUAGUGGAGAGGAAGCAGUGCCAGGCCGCACUACGCAAGACCCGUCUUGGCCACUUCUUCGAGCUCCACAGUUCGUUCAUGUGCGCUGGCGGUGUGGCCGGCAAGGACACUUGCAAGGGUGACGGAGGAUCUCCUUUGGUGUGCCCUAUUGAGGGUGACCCAGACCGCUACAUGCAGAGUGGUAUAGUGGCGUGGGGCAUCGGCUGCGGCGAGGACGGAACCCCCGGUGUCUACGUCGACGUGUCCAACCUGCGCAACUGGAUCGACGACAAGAUCGCCGGCAAGGGGCUGGACACCAAGCUCUACUCCUUCUAGAAGAUAUCAAGAAGCAACAGAAACAUCUCAAAUCAAUCAAUAAUCAAUAGAAAUUCUAUUCUCAUUCUAUCAUGCGUCUACUGCUGGACAUAGGCCUUUCCAAGAGCGCGCCACCAAAUACGGUCCUCCGCCUUCCUCAUCCACCCGCUCCCCGCCAUCUUCUUCAGGUCAACAGUCCAGCGGGCUGGAGAUCGUCCCACACUGCGCUUACCGGUACGCGGUAAUCCAUACUAUUAUGAUAUACAAGGCGGCCUCAUUCCACUUUCCUUCUUCUACAAACGCACCGCACGCCACCGCACGCAGUUUCACCCUCACCACCUGGGUGUCUGGUGCACAUCAACCGCCCGUUGUGCUAGAUCCUUUUUUACACGCACAUACCAACUAUGGAAUCAACUCCCAUCAGCUGCGGUUCCCACUAGAUUACAACAUGGGGUUAUUCAAGGGGCGGACCAACAAAUUCCUGAAAGGCCGGCAACGCAUCGGCGGUACCUCUGGUGCUGCAAGUGUUAAUGGGUGGCGGUAAUCACUUAACACCAGGUGACACGCCUGCUCGUUUGCUCGCUAUCUUUUAUAAAAAAAUAAACGCAGGAGAACAGUGACAUACAUACCAAAUUCUCACUAUACAGUCAAAAGUUACCACUUGUCCCUACAAAAUGACAUAACUAGGUACUGUUGAGCUGUCCCCAAAGUAGGUACUUAACAACUAUAAAGGGUCGAUACACUGUUCAGAUUUCCCCGGCUGAACAGUAACUGCAAGUUUUAACUUGUCUAUUUUUGUAUGAAGAUUGUAUUUUGUGUUCUUGUAAGGGAUCUGAAUUUCAAUAUUGUUAUAUACAAUCGAGAACUUGUUCGAGUAUUCCUGUCAAAAACUAGACAAAAUGGUCGUCACAGACUACGUUUGUGAAAAUACAAAUAUUAUGUCUAAGUCUUAGAACUAUUUUGUGGUGAUUUCAAUCCCAAUUACUAUGUGAAAAGUUACCUACAGUCACAUAUUUUACAUUCUGACCUACAAAAAGAUAUUUUGAUAAUAAUCACUGAUUGAUGUGUACUGUAUAUUUUUAAAAUAUUGACGCAAAUGAACAAAUUUUUACUAAUAAAACAAUUGCCUUAGUUUAUUUUAAAAAAUGUGAUAUAAUGUUAUUACUUAUCUGUAUUUGAAUAAAAUAAUACUCAAUUUAA